AAUUAGGAUUCUAGAGUCUCUCGCGAAAACGCGAUCUCCAGAAUGAGAGAGAGGCGGUGUGAGCGAGGAGUCCGCUGCUAUUGAAAUUGGACUGUGACUUCUACAAGCGCAAAACCAACACAUAAAAUCGAAAAUCGAAGCACAGUUCGUUGGCGAUCAAAGCCUUGCCCUCACCGAACAUCUGACAAACCCUAAUUUAUAUUUUAUCUGAAGCAUAAACCGAUCUGUAGCCAUGGAUAUGCGAUUCCCGUACUCUCCGGCAGAGGUCGCCAAAGUCCGCAUGGUUCAGUUUGGCAUACUCAGUCCCGAUGAAAUCAGACAAAUGUCGGUUGUACAGAUCGAGCACAGUGAGACAACAGAGAGAGGAAAGCCGAAGCCAGGAGGGCUGAGCGAUCCUCGGCUCGGUACAAUUGACAGAAAGAUGAAGUGCGAGACCUGCACAGCGAACAUGGCCGAAUGUCCUGGGCAUUUCGGUCACCUAGAACUUGCUAAACCUAUGUUCCACAUCGGGUUUAUGAAAACUGUCCUCAGUAUUAUGCGGUGUGUUUGCUUCAAUUGUUCGAAAAUCCUCGCAGAUGAGGAGGAUCACAAGUUUAAGCAAGCCCAGAAAAUCAGAAAUCCCAAAAAUAGACUAAAGAAAAUUUUGGAUGCCUGUAAGAACAAAAGCAAAUGUGAAGGUGGUGAUGAAAUUGAGACACAAGCUCUAGAUUCUGAUGAACCAGUUAAAAAGAGUCGAGGAGGUUGCGGUGCUCAGCAACCAAAGCUUACUAUUGAAGGUAUGAAAAUGAUUGCUGAAUACAAGAUUCAAAGGAAGAAAAAUGAUGACCCAGAACAACUUCCUGAACCUGUUGAAAGAAAACAGCAGCUUUCUGCUGAAAGGGUGCUUAAUGUCUUGAAGAGAAUAAGCGAUGAAGACUGCAUUUUGUUGGGACUAAAUCCCAAAUAUGCUCGUCCAGAUUGGAUGAUUUUGCAAGUGCUCCCGAUUCCACCACCUCCAGUGAGGCCAUCUGUAAUGAUGGAUACUUCAUCACGGAGUGAGGAUGACUUAACCCAUCAGUUGGCAAUGAUCAUUAGGCAUAAUGAGAAUCUGAGGAGACAGGAGAGAAAUGGGGCUCCUGCACACAUAAUCUCAGAAUUUGCACAGCUACUGCAGUUUCAUGUGGCUACAUAUUUUGAUAAUGAGCUUCCUGGACAACCUAGGGCUACACAGAGGUCUGGCCGCCCUAUUAAAUCUAUAUGCAGUCGGCUUAAGGCUAAGGAGGGUAGGAUCAGAGGAAACCUGAUGGGGAAACGUGUAGACUUCUCAGCUCGGACUGUUAUCACACCUGAUCCUACUAUUAACAUCGAUGAACUGGGAGUACCAUGGAGUAUUGCUUUAAAUUUAACUUAUCCAGAAACUGUGACUCCUUACAACAUUGAAAGGUUGAAGGAGCUUGUGGAAUAUGGACCCCAUCCUCCACCUGGUAAAACUGGUGCCAAGUAUAUCAUAAGGGAAGAUGGUCAGAGGCUUGAUCUCCGAUAUUUGAAGAAAAGUAGCGAUCAUCACCUGGAACUUGGAUACAAGGUGGAGCGACACUUAAAUGAUGGGGAUUUUGUUCUCUUCAAUAGACAGCCAAGUCUGCAUAAAAUGUCUAUUAUGGGGCAUAGAAUCAAGAUCAUGCCAUACUCAACCUUCCGGUUGAAUUUGUCUGUUACAUCCCCAUAUAAUGCAGAUUUUGAUGGAGAUGAAAUGAAUAUGCAUGUUCCUCAGUCAUUUGAAACAAGAGCAGAGGUUUUGGAGCUGAUGAUGGUCCCUAAAUGCAUUGUGUCACCUCAAUCAAAUCGACCAGUUAUGGGUAUCGUCCAGGAUACACUUUUGGGUUGCCGCAAGAUCACUAAGAGAGAUACCUUCAUUGAGAAGGAUGUUUUUAUGAAUAUCUUGAUGUGGUGGGAGGAUUUUGAUGGGAAAAUACCUGCACCGGCAAUCUUGAAGCCUAGACCACUAUGGACAGGAAAGCAAGUGUUCAAUCUUAUCAUUCCUAAGCAGAUAAAUCUUUUGAGAACAUCGGCCUGGCACUCAGAAUCUGAAACUGGCUUCAUAACUCCUGGAGAUACUCAAGUUCGAAUAGAGAAAGGGGAGCUUCUUGCUGGCACUCUUUGCAAGAAAACCCUUGGGACAUCCACUGGAAGUCUUAUACAUGUAAUUUGGGAGGAGGUUGGCCCAGAUGCUGCUCGCAAGUUCUUGGGACACACUCAGUGGCUUGUUAACUAUUGGCUUUUGCAGAAUGGUUUUAGCAUUGGCAUUGGAGACACAAUUGCUGAUGCAGCAACCAUGGAAAAGAUUAAUGAAACUAUAUCUAAAGCCAAGAAUGAAGUGAAAGAACUUAUUAGGGCUGCCCAAGAAAGACAGUUAGAAGCGGAGCCUGGGCGGACUAUGAUGGAAUCAUUUGAGAACAGAGUGAACCAGGUGUUGAAUAAAGCCCGUGAUGAUGCAGGAAGUAGUGCUCAGAAGAGCUUGUCAGAAAGUAACAAUCUCAAGGCAAUGGUUACUGCUGGGUCAAAAGGAAGUUUUAUCAACAUAUCACAGAUGACUGCUUGUGUGGGACAGCAGAAUGUUGAGGGUAAGCGAAUCCCAUAUGGCUUCAUAGAUCGAACGCUUCCCCAUUUCACCAAAGAUGACUACGGACCUGAAAGUCGAGGAUUUGUCGAAAACUCUUAUCUGCGUGGGUUGACCCCUCAAGAAUUCUUUUUUCAUGCUAUGGGUGGUAGGGAAGGUUUGAUUGAUACUGCAGUCAAAACUUCUGAGACUGGAUAUAUCCAGAGGCGGCUUGUGAAGGCUAUGGAAGAUAUUAUGGUCAAAUAUGAUGGUACUGUUAGGAACUCAUUGGGGGAUGUUAUCCAGUUUUUGUAUGGUGAAGAUGGUAUGGAUGCAGUGUGGAUUGAAACACAGAAGCUGGAUUCACUUAAAAUGAAGAAGGGUGAAUUUGAUAGAGUGUUCAAAUAUGAGAUUGAUGAUGAGAAUUGGAAUCCAAGCUACAUGUUGCCAGAACAUGUUGAGGAUCUGAAAACCAUUAGGGAGUUCCGUAAUGUGUUUGAUGCUGAAGUUCAGAAACUUGAGGCAGAUCGAUUCCAGCUUGGAACGGAGAUUGCUACCACCGGUGAUAAUUCUUGGCCUAUGCCUGUGAAUUUAAAGAGGCUCAUUUGGAAUGCACAAAAAACAUUUAAAGUUGACUUGAGAAGGCCUUCUGAUAUGCAUCCCAUGGAGAUUGUGGAAGCUGUUGAUAAGCUUCAGGAGAGGCUGAAGGUUGUUCCUGGUGAUGAUUUGAUCAGCAUGGAAGCUCAGAAAAAUGCCACCCUCUUCUUUAAUAUACUGCUUCGUAGCACAUUCGCCAGUAAGAGGGUGUUAAAGGAAUACAGGCUCACUCGGGAAGCAUUUGAGUGGGUUAUUGGUGAGAUAGAAUCACGCUUCCUGCAGUCGCUUGUCGCCCCUGGAGAAAUGAUUGGUUGCGUUGCUGCCCAGUCCAUUGGUGAGCCUGCAACACAGAUGACCCUGAACACUUUCCACUACGCUGGUGUGAGUGCCAAGAACGUCACUCUUGGUGUUCCCAGGUUGAGGGAAAUUAUUAAUGUGGCUAAAAAAAUAAAAACCCCAUCUCUCUCUGUCUACUUGAAGCCUGACGUUAGCAAAACCAAGGAGAGAGCAAAGAAUGUCCAAUGUGCUUUGGAAUACACUACCUUGCGGAGUGUAACACAAGCUACUGAGGUAUGGUAUGAUCCAGAUCCCAUGAGCACCAUUAUAGAGGAGGAUGUUGAUUUUGUCAAGUCCUAUUAUGAAAUGCCUGAUGAAGAAGUUGCUCCAGAGAAAAUUUCUCCCUGGCUACUCCGUAUAGAGCUGAAUCGGGAGAUGAUGGUUGAUAAGAAGUUGAGCAUGGCUGACAUUGCUGAAAAGAUUAAUCUUGAGUUUGAUGAUGAUUUAACCUGCAUUUUUAAUGAUGACAAUGCUGAGAAAUUGAUUCUACGCAUCCGCAUUAUGAAUGAUGAGGCUCCUAAGGGAGAGUUGCAGGAUGAAUCUGCUGAAGAUGAUGUUUUCCUCAAGAAGAUUGAGAGUAACAUGCUGACUGAAAUGGCCCUUCGAGGCAUCCCAGAUAUUAACAAGGUGUUUAUUAAAUCUGGUAAAGUGAAUAAGUUUGAUGAGAGUGAGGGUUUUAAGCCAGAGGUGGAAUGGAUGCUUGAUACUGAAGGUGUCAAUCUUUUAGCUGUUAUGUGUCAUGAAGAUGUUGAUGCUAGGAGGACAACUAGUAAUCACUUGAUUGAAGUAAUUGAAGUUCUUGGAAUUGAGGCGGUUCGUCGGUCCCUGUUAGAUGAGUUGCGAGUGGUCAUUUCAUUCGAUGGAUCUUAUGUAAAUUACAGGCACUUGGCUAUUCUGUGUGAUACCAUGACAUACCGCGGUCACUUGAUGGCCAUCACGCGUCAUGGUAUCAAUCGGAAUGAUACUGGGCCAAUGAUGAGAUGCUCAUUUGAAGAGACAGUGGACAUCCUUCUUGAUGCUGCUGUCUAUGCUGAAACUGAUUUUUUGAGGGGUGUUACAGAAAAUAUCAUGUUAGGUCAGCUGGCACCCAUUGGUACAGGAGAUUGUGCCCUGUACCUAAAUGAUCAGAUGCUUCAGCAUGCUAUAGAACUUCAGCUCCCAAGUUAUAUGGAAGGUUUGGAUUUUGGCAUGACACCUUCCCGUUCACCAAUCACGGGUACUCCAUAUCAUGAUGGCAUGAUGUCACCAAAUUACUUGCUGAGCCCAAAUCUUCGUCUGUCACCAAUUACAGAUGCACAAUUUUCUCCUUAUGUUGGGGGCAUGGCAUUCUCUCCUACAUCGUCACCAGGUUACAGUCCAUCUUCUCCAGGAUAUAGUCCAUCAUCUCCUGGUUAUAGCCCUACUUCUCCUGGCUACAGUCCAACCUCCCCAGGAUACAGCCCCACUUCACCUGGUUACAGCCCUACCUCACCUACAUACAGUCCCAGCUCUCCUGGAUAUAGUCCAACAAGUCCUGCAUAUUCUCCCACAAGUCCAUCUUACUCCCCAACCUCACCCAGCUACAGCCCCACAUCCCCCAGCUACAGCCCCACAUCUCCCAGUUACAGUCCUACAUCUCCAAGCUACAGUCCUACUUCUCCAAGUUACAGUCCAACUUCUCCUGUCUACAGCCCAACAUCACCCUCAUACAGCCCCACUUCUCCUGCAUACAGCCCCACUUCUCCUGCUUACAGCCCCACCUCACCUUCCUAUAGCCCAACCUCACCUUCCUAUAGCCCGACCUCACCAUCCUAUAGCCCAACCUCACCUUCUUAUAGUCCAACCUCUCCAUCAUACAGCCCCACCUCUCCGGCAUAUAGCCCGACCUCUCCUGGUUACAGUCCAACAUCUCCUAGCUACAGUCCCACCUCUCCAAGCUACAGCCCUACAUCACCUAGUUAUAAUCCUUCCUCAGCAAAAUACAGCCCAUCACUGGCAUAUUCUCCCAGCAGUCCAAGACUAUCUCCAUCAAGCCCUUACAGUCCGACAUCACCAAAUUACAGUCCAACAUCACCAUCAUAUUCACCUACAUCUCCCUCUUAUUCACCUGCAAGUCCAACAUACAGCCCUACCAGCCCUUACAAUUCUGGUGUGAGCCCGGAUUACAGCCCAAGCUCUCCACAGUACAGUCCAAGUGCGGGUUAUUCACCAAGUGCACCUGGUUACUCGCCAUCUUCUACCAGCCAGUACACUCCGCAGAUGAGCAAUAAGGAUAAUGGGAGUCCUCAGUAGAUCAUACACGUGCAUGGUGGAAGAUUUUGCUUUUCUUCAGAAGUCAAUCUUAUGUUUCUAGUAGGUUCUGCUCUGCAGAUUGGAAGGAGAGCCAUUUUCUAAAGAGACUUUUGUAGGGGUGGACAAAUUUCUGUAUGAUAAUAUAUUGUAUUAUGGGACACAUUUUUUAUGGUGUAACUUCGUGCAUUGUUGUGAACUCUCGAUAUAAUUGUUUUGAUGUAUUUUGCAGAGGAAAAUGAUAUGGUGGAGGUGCCGUAUCUUCAAAAUGUAGUUUCAGAAUUGAUCUUAUAAAUGAAUCUUAACGAUAAGAAUUACAUUC